AUGAUGUGGUCCUCUCUCAUCCACAGCACUCCACUCGCACUGCUCACCCUUUGCGUAGUCACUCAAUCACUUCCAUCCAAUACAUGCACGCCCCUCGCCAACGGCUACGAAGCCAUCGACGACUCCCCCGCCAUCAACGACGCCCUCAAACAAUGCGGCAACGGCGGCACCAUUGUCCUCCCAGCCAACCAAUCCUACAGCCUCUUCACCCCCCUCGACUUCUCCCCCUGCCGCAACUGCGACUUCCAAAUCGAAGGCACCCUCAUCCUCGCCGCCUCCCAACUCACAUACUACGCCAACAGGCAGCGCUCCGUCUUCACCAUCGCCAACGCGACCGGCGUGCGCAUCCGCAGCGUCACCGGCUCGGGCGUCGUCGACGGAAACGCGUACUGGUGGUAUCAGCGCACGAACUGGAGCCCGAAGCAGGGCGGAUAUCCCUUCGUGUGGAUUACGAAUUCCUCCUCUGACGUCUCCGUGUCGAACCUGCACUUCAAGAACAUACAGGACAGAGUGUUCCGCCUGCAGGGAAAUAGCUCGGAUCUGCACUUCGACAGGUUGAACAUCACGGCGGAGGGUAUCAAUGGGAUAUACGCUGGUUUCGACAAUUUCGCGUUUGAAAUGGGGAGCGUGAAGAAUGUGUCUAUAUCUAACGUUGAUAUCGACUUUCGCGCGGGGCAGAAUAAUAGGCCUGUGGGCACGUGUCUUGCGUUCGACCACGCGACGGAUGGCGUCGAAGUGCGUAAUGUAACGUGUAGGCGAGCGUUCAUGGGCGCGCAAAUCCAAUUCGACACGAUGCUUAACUCUGCGCCUUCGUCUGCGACCACCAACCUCACUGGUUUCGCGCAGAACAUUCUCGUUUCAAACUUCACCUUCGCGGGGGACCAUGCUACGGGUGUGGAAAGCUGGUGGACUCUCUCUAGAAAGGUUAUUCGAAAUGUGAUCUGGGAAUGGGUUACGGUGGAGGAAGGCACGCCAGCGGACUUUGAAGCGUGCUAUGCGAGCCAGAGGAAUUCGCAGUAUUAUCCGGCUUGCGUGAAACAGGCGAGUUAUGAUGCGGAGGUGGUGUUUAGGCAUUAUAGGGGGAAGGUGGGGACGCCGCCGAGUGAUCCGAAUUGGGGGGAGUUUAAUAAUGAGCUGAUGGAGGUGAAGAGUGUAUUUGAGGAUUGGGUUGCGGAUGCGUGA